CCGUGAAUCCGCGACACCGCACAGGUUUCAGGAAUUGACAUGGGCGCCUUCAGCCCGAUGAGUACACUAGCGCCCACUGCUGCGCCCUUUCCACCCUCAACAAGUUUACCAGAGCGUUCCGACGAAAAGCAUACCCGACCCGACACAUCGCGAAGCAUAUAGGAUCAAUAUCUAUGCUAUAGCGAUUACUUACAGGCCCGGCGAGGGUCAAGGUCACAAUGCCACUUGCGGGAGCCUCGCUAUGGCCGGCUGGCCCCACCACAGAAGCAGAGGAGGUGGAGACGUCGCCAAGCGGCCGAUAUAUCAGGUACAACAUCCUGCUCGGCAAGGGCGCCUGCAAACGGGUCUACAAGGCCUUUGACACGGAGGCGGGCACGGAGGUGGCCUGGAACCAGGUGGACCUGCUGGGCAUGGACCACGACGAGGAGGCGCGGCAGCACCUAUACGAGGAGAUCCGGGUGCUGCAGAAGCUCAAGCACAAGAACAUCAUGACGUUCCAUGCGUGGUGGAGUGACGACGUACACAAACACAUCAACUUCAUUACGGAGCUCUUCACGGCUGGCAAUCUGCGCCAGUACCGCAAGAAGCUCAAGUACAUGAGUGAGAACGUGCUCAAGCGCUGGUCGCACCAGAUCCUGGAGGGCCUGCUGUACCUUCACGGCCACGUGCCGCCCAUCGUGCACCGCGACCUCAAAUGCGACAACAUCUUUGUCAACAGCGCCACUGGCGAGGUCAAAAUCGGCGAUCUGGGUCUGGCCACGGUGCAGCAGCAGGGCAUGAGCGUGGUGGGCACGCCCGAGUUCAUGGCGCCCGAGGUGUACGACGAGUCCUAUGACGAGCGCUGCGACAUCUACAGCUUCGGCAUGUGCCUUCUGGAGCUGGCCACGCUGGAGUACCCGUACGCGGAGUGCCACAGCGUGCCGCAGAUAUUCAAGAAGGUCACGCUGGGCAUCCCGCCAGCCUCGCUGCAGCGCGUGUCCUCUCCCGAGCUGCGUGAGUUCAUCGCGCUGUGCAUCGCGCACAACCCUGCCGACCGGCUCUCCGCGCGCGAGCUGCUCAAGCACCACUACCUGGAGUCGGUGCACGCCGACACCUCGGCGCACGGCGGCCUGCCCGGCAGCAUGAGCGUCAGUGGCGGUCUGGCGGCGUUGGGCAGCACGGGCGGCGUGGCGGGCGCGGGCGGCAGCGUGGCGGCGGGGCUGGGUGCGCUGGCCAGCAGCGCGAACGGCAGCGGCUGGAACACGCCCUCGGGCACGCUCCACGCGGGCAACUCGUUCCGGGACCUGCGCGAGGCGUUGCACCAGCAGGAGACCCUGGCGCGCGCACAGCAGCUGCACGCCCACGGCCACGCCCACCCGCACGGCCACCCGCACCACCACCCGCCGCAGCACACCAACUCCACCGGCCAGCUGCUGCCGCUGCCGCACGCGCUCUCCCAGCCCAACAACAUACCCGGCGGCGGCGGCUAUCUGCCCUACCCGCACCCGCCGCAGCCCUCCCACCUGGCGCCGCCGGGCCUCUUCGCGCCCGGCGUCCGCGGCCCCUCCGGCUCGCAGGUCACGGCAGGCUCCUCCGUCUCCGCCAACGGCAUGGCACCCAUGGACACCGGCCCCAGCACCGGGCUCACGCCGCCCGCCUCUUUCACACGCAACUCGCCCCUGCGCGGCGGCUCCAUCUGUCUGGCGGCCCUACACGUGCCGUCCUCGCCACCCGGAAGCAGCGGCGCCGCCGGCGUCAGCGCCGGCGUCAUGUCGCCGCUAGCCCGCAGCAACUCGGUCGCGCCGUCGCCGCUGGGCCGCGGCGCCGGCGGCUCGCCGCGCAGCGGCGUCCCCACGUCGUCGGGCGUCACGUCGGACGCCUCCUCGCCCACCGCUGUCAACGCCGCCGCCAACGCGGCUGCGGCGCAGCUGCAGCAGCAGCGCCUGGGCGCGCCGCCUUCGCCCAUGGCCUCGGAUCAGGGGCAGGGGCAGCGGCAGGAUUACAGGACGUCAGCUGGCGCCGGCGGGGUUGCCGCGGGCCUUGCCGUCGGCACCAGCCCCGGCCGUGCCCCUGCGUCGGCGCCGAUGAUGCGGAUGCAGUCCGGCGACGCGGCGUCGGGCAUGCCGGCCGGGGCCAGAGAGAGCGCGUUCAUGGCGGCGCAGCGGCGGGAGCAGGUGGAGGAGGAGGCGGUGUUCAGGGUGCAGGCGGAUGCGGCGGCGAAGCGGCACCCGGAGGCGGCGGCGGCGGCGCACAGGGCGACGGCGCAGCACAUGCUGCAGGAGCGCUCGGCGGCGGUCACGCCCUCCGAUGCGCUCAUCCCGCGGCGGCCGUCCUGGCGCGAGGCGGGCGGCACGGCCGGGGUCGCCAGCGGCGGCGGCGGCGGCGGCGGCGCCCGGCCGCGCCGGACCAGCAGCCGCAGCAGCCUGGGCGGCGGGCGGCGCAGCGGGCGCAGCAGCGGCUGCAGCGGCUGCAACGAGACCGACUCGGAGGACGACUCGGAUGAGGAGGUGCUGGUGCCCAUUGAGCUGCUCAAGGCUGGCAUGCUUGAGGAAGGCUUCAUCGAUGAGGAUGAGGACAUGGAGGACGCGGGCGACGACGGCGACGAUGUGGACAGGGCGCCAGGCGUCGCCUGCGCCCCUCCGGGCGAGGCCUCCUGCCGCUCCAUGCUUUCCUACAGCUCCGUAGGCAGCGACCCCUCCGCUCUGUCCCUGGUAAAUCCCAUGCUUCUCAGCCCCGGUGGCAGCAGCUUAGGUCUGGGCCGCGCCGCCGCGCCCGGCUCCAUGAUGUUUGACCCCAUCGCGGAGCAGGUGGAAGACGAGGCGGCUGCGGCAAUGUCGACGCUGGCGGGCAGCACCAGCGACCACUCGUCGUUCUCGGCGGCGGCAUCCGCGUUCGCACGGCUCAGCAGCAGCGUGGGUGCAGAGUCGGUGCCGGCGUCGGUGCGGGGCACGAGCACGGGCGUGUCAGUGGGAGCGGCGAGCGCCGGCGGCGGCUUCACGCGGGCCGUGCCAAGGGCGGCUGGCGCCGCUGCCGCCGGCAGCGAUGACGCCGCGCAGUACCCCUUUGACCUGGACCCGGCAGCACAGCAUCAAAAGGCCCUGGAGCGCCGGUCCCAGGAGCAGGCUCAGCAGGCUCAGCACGCGCAGCACGUGAAGGGUGGCGCGGAGCGGCCGCUGGAUACAAAAUCCUUGGAGCGGGUGAGUUCGCACUCGCACGGCGGCAGCUUCGGUAGCGUGAGCAACAUCAGCAUCGGCAUCGCGGCAAUGGCGUCGUCGCCGCCGGCGCCGUCUGGGGCACACGACUUGUUGCGCCCCGGCCCGAGGACGGGGGCGGCAGCUCACGCCGGCGCCGCCACUGCCGCGGUGGGCGCCUUCGGCUCAGCCGAUGUGUCCACCAGCACAAAGGCCACCCUGACGUCGCCACCGGGGACAGCCGAGCACAGCAGGGUCUGCUCCUUGGACGUGACCUUUGGCGCGUCGCAUCAGGUGCAGCCAACAGCGGCAGCCGCUUCAGGCAACUCUGCAGAGGCUACAGCCGCUGCGGCCGCAACGGCGGCCGCUGCCGCCGCAGCAGCGACGGCAGAGGCGGCUUGCGCGGCGGAGCCUGCACCGCUGCCGCCGCCCCGCACGUCAUUGGGCGGCUUGCCACUGCCGCCACUGCCCGCCGGCCUGGUCUACACCACCCCAACGCCGGCGUUUAGGGGGCAAGGCCCGUUCGGCCGUGCAUCCUACUCCGGUGCGGGCGGGGGCGCGGGCGCGGGCACCGGCAGCAUCUCCCGGCCACCGCUGGGCCCUAACCUUAGCGGCAGCAUUCCUUCGUCUUCCAGUGCAGCAAUGGGUGCCAUUGCCGCCGUAGCGGGCGGAGGCUGCGGCGAAGGCGGUCGCUCGACGCCGACGGCGGCUGCGUUCGUGAAGCUGCCGAGCUUUCGAAACAAGGUAAUGCUGACGUCCGUGGCGGCGCCGCUCGCGUUCGGCCACCUAGGCGGCGGCGAUGGCGUCGGCGGUGUGCUUCUGCCAUCGAAGGCCCUGUCUACUUCGGGUGUGCUGGCUGGAUCAGACUCCGAGACCGGCCGUGUGGACAGCCCGCGGCCGGUGGCCUCGGUUGCGCCGCCGUCGCGCUUCCUGCGCACGACCUCUGCCCGGCUGCGGACCGGCGGCUCCGUGCAGCAAGACAUCAAGGCUGCCAACAGCAACUGCCUACCCGGUGCGAAAAGUGGCAACGGUGGCUGCGCCGCCGCCGCGGAGGUGCCGUUCGGCCGCGUGUCCAUGCCCAGCGGCGGCGCCGGCAGCCACGACCGGCAUCUGCUGCCGCCGCUGCCGCACCACGCCGAGGGCCCGGGCGCCGCCAGCGGCUCCGGCGACAGCCGCCAAAGCAGCGUCGUGAUGCCCCCGACCAGUGACGCGCUACUGCGUGCCGGCAGCGCCGCCGGCCCGGGCGACUUGAUCGGACUGAUGGGCGACCCGAGUGUCCUCACGGCCGCAAUCGCCGGCACGAGUCCAGGCAGUGCUAAUGGUGGUGUUGCUGCCGCCGCCGCGCCUGCCGCGGCAUUGCUGCAGCCGCAUCCAUCGCCGGCGGCGGAGGCGGACGAGGACGAGGACUCCGACCCAGACGACCCGCUGGCAGCCAUGAUGCGGAGGCGCGGACACCAAAUGGUGCGGCCGGCGCUGCCGCCACUGGAGGAGGACGCAGCAGAGCGCGACCCCUCCUCCCCACUGGCGGCCACAGCUGCAGCGGCGUCGGCGGCAGCCUCCGAGGCCUUGGCAUCGGCGUCGGCGCCGCCGCCAGCCGCCGCCACCGAGUUGGCGUCGGCGUCCAGGCGCGAUGGGCCAGGCGUGUUGCCGAGCGGGGUCAGUGCAUUUUCCACAGACGUGGCGCAGUUGGCGGCGGCGGUGCAGGAGGGCUCGGCGGAGACUGUGGAGAUCAUCUCGCAGGGUGUAAGGCCGAUCGUGGGCGUCAUCAUGAGGCUAAAGCAGUGGAAACGCCUGGCUCGGGACCGUGCCAAGGCGGCGCGAGGCGCCGCCGUUGCGAGCUAAUGUCUGGUGUCUGGUUAGCGGUCUUUGCUGGCAAGCAUAGCACAGCACAGUAUGUGGUAGGCCGCAGCAGUGAGGAGUGUUGUGGCUAGAGGAUUUCCUGCUGUUUGGGUGAUUGCUGGGGCUGUGCUUGUGCUUGACAGCAGGACGUGGCUGGACGCAUGGCGGGCCGUGCCUUUACGAACCGACCCCGGCUAUGUCCGGGAGAUGAGGUAGACGCUUGCGGCCUCAGACUAGAGACGUGGCGUGGAAACCACAUUUCUUGUCGUAGUGGUCAGGGCGCUGGGAAAGGGGGAGGGGUUGCUGUAGGGGAGGUUGGCAGGAGGCAGGUGCCACAGCGGUUCGACAGACGUGACUAGGAAUAGAGGCAUGGACUGGUGAUCAUGGCGGUCCUUGCUGGUCGGAUCGUGUGUGACAGUGUGGGUUUGUAGGGCAUUGCGUGCAUGCACACCGUAUGUGCGUGGGGCAACACGGUGCAGGGUCAAUGUAGUACGAGUUGCGGUUGUGUGCGGUAGUGCUCGCCGCUCGCUUUGCAAUGCAGCGCAUACAUUUCGUUAUGCCGUAUGAGAGAAUGCCGUAUUGCGACUGAGUAUUGUGUCCUGGCGUCUGUUCAGCACUCGCGAUGACUCGGGCUACAAAUAUGCAUGGACGAGCGCUGCUCCCCGUGCUCCCCCAGCUUUUGCGCGUGCAGCGAAAGGCUCCCCUUGAGCGCCGCCUUCCUUACGUCGAGGACCUAGUAUAUUACGUGCAAUGCCUGUGACGUAUGCCGUAUGUAUAAUGCGCAAAUACGCAGAGGUGGCAGAGACAAGAGUGUCAGGCACAAGCGCCCGGGUAGUGUCGUGUGGGCCUUGCUGUGGUGGCCGAAGACAGACAGGCUCCUGGAGCGGCGUAAAUCUGGCAGCUAGAAGCAGAUGCGUGUGACGCACAAGUCUGUAGGCGUAAGGGUGCUAGUGUCGGGGGGCCGCUAGUGUCGCGGCCGCUAGAUGGUGUUGGGACCAGCGCGCACGCAGGCAUUAUUAGUCAUGGCUGCUCCUCAGAGGUGGUGGCGGCCCGUACGUGCACGGGGUGGUGGCUCCAGGCUUGUAACGGGUUACCUUG